UGCAGCGGGCGGUGCGCUGGGGCCGGGCCGGGCCGGGCCGGGCGUGAGCUGCCCCCGGGCAUGAGCGCGGGUGGCCGCGGCGCCGCAGCGCGCUAGGGGCGGCGGCGGGGAGGCGCCAUGCGGCUGUGCGGGGCGCUGCUGAAGAGCCCGAUCCCCAAGCAGAUCGAGUACUACUCGCGCUUCUCCCCCUCGCCGCUCUCCAUCAAGCAGUUCCUCGACUUCGGUCGUGACAAUGCAUGUGAGAAGACUUCGUACAUGUUUCUGCGGAAAGAACUUCCUGUGCGGCUAGCUAACACCAUGAGAGAAGUCAAUUUGUUGCCUGAUAACUUACUUAACAGGCCUUCAGUUGGGCUAGUGCAGAGUUGGUAUAUGCAGAGCUUCCUCGAGCUUUUAGAAUACGAAAAUAAAAGUCCUGAGGAUCCUCAUGUUCUGGAUGACUUUUUAGAUGUUUUAAUUAAAGUCAGGAACAGACACAAUGAUGUGGUUCCAACCAUGGCGCAAGGGGUGAUUGAAUACAAGGAAAAAUAUGGCUUUGAUCCAUUUGUUAGCAGUAACAUCCAGUAUUUUCUAGAUAGAUUCUACACCAACCGCAUCUCUUUCCGUAUGCUUAUUAACCAACACACACUCCUUUUUGGAGGAGACAUUAAUCCUGCUCACCCCAAACAUAUUGGAAGUAUUGACCCUAAUUGUAAUGUGGCAGAGGUGGUUAAAGAUGCUUAUGAAACGGCUAAGAUGUUGUGUGAACAAUACUAUAUGGUGGCACCUGAUCUGGAAGUUGAAGAAUUCAAUGCUAAAGCUCCAAACAAGCCUAUUCAAGUAGUCUACGUACCAUCUCAUUUGUUUCAUAUGUUAUUUGAAUUAUUCAAGAAUUCAAUGAGAGCUACUGUAGAGUUGCAUGAAGGUAAGAGAGAAGGCUAUCCAUCGAUCAAAACCUUAGUCACUUUGGGGAAAGAAGAUCUAUCUAUUAAGAUAAGUGAUCAAGGUGGAGGUGUACCUUUAAGGAAAAUAGACAGAUUGUUUAAUUACAUGUACUCAACAGCACCCAGACCUAGUUUGGAGCCCACGAGAGCUGUGCCUUUGGCUGGGUUUGGCUAUGGCUUGCCAAUUUCUCGUCUGUAUGCUAGGUACUUCCAAGGUGACCUUAAACUCUACUCGAUGGAAGGUGUUGGUUCAGAUGCUGUAAUUUAUUUGAAGGCCCUUUCAAGUGAAUCAUUUGAAAGACUUCCUGUUUUUAAUAAGUCAGCGUGGCGACACUACAAGACCACACCUGAAGCAGAUGACUGGAGCAAUCCUAGCAGUGAACCAAGGGAUGCUUCUAAAUACAAAGCUAAUCGAUAAUUUGCUACCUUUUGUCUCUGCUGGAGAUGACCUUUGCAUUCAGUAUAAAGUCUCUGCUUUGUUCCAAAAUCCUUCAAACCACAAUAGCUAAUUACUUCCAAACAAAGACCUAAUCAGGGCAUUGAAAAAUAGUAAGAACAAAGUGAUGAUUGGGACUUACAGGACGGCACUAAGCAGGUUUGGUAUGUGAACUCUACCUACUUCACAGAAUACGCUUGGUUGCUUCAGUCAUGCAUUGACAAAAGGGAUUGCACUGUGAUUGCACCUAAGUACAUAAAGUUGUAACAAAAGAUACUAUUUUAAGUGCCAAUUUUUAUUCCAGUAAGGAUUGGCAGAUUGUGCAGAAUCGCUUUUCCUGGUGAACAGUAUCGUGGACAGCAAUAUGGUGUAAGAGAGAAAUUUUAGUGUAGUUAAACAUAUGCUUUGAAAAUCCACUCUUUGCUGCGUUUUAUUUUGCUCAGUGUCACCUGUUACAGAAAAUCCCUUUGAGCUCUCUAGAUCUUAUAUCUAAUGAGCUUAUAAAUACAUAGUUCUAAAAAGGGUUGUACAGCUUUAAACUGACGCUUACCCCAAAUUCCCAAAACCUUUUGUCAAGUGCAUACAAGAAUUAUGUUGUAACACAUUGGGACUUCCACGGUUUGGUAUGCACCUUAAUGAUUCUCUUGACACAGAAACACAAAUAUAUUUUUAAACAUUUUUCCUUGUUUUAAGGAAAAAUCAUAAGUAGCUAGAUCAUCUCUCCAUACAAAAAAUUCUGUCAAUGUGUGGGGGCAGGAGGUAAUUAAAUUUCAUGUUUAUUGCCUGUCGUCUUGGGGGGUGGGGAGGGCUGAAGGGAGAGAAAUCUUAAAGCCAGCCAGCCAGUCAUAUUUGCCUUAAGAGUGUUGGUUGCUUGGAACCUGAUUAGUUUAAAACCUGUAAAUAGUUUGCAAAGUUAUUUAUAUAUUCAAUGUCUGACAACAGUCUGGUAAUCUGAAUUUGUAGUGUAUAUAAAGAUGUUGUACACCA